AUGUCUGUGAUGGAAGUAACAUUUAAACCUUAUAAAGAAAAGAAUAAAGGCAAGUCUUCAAAGAAAAAUAAAAAAGCAGCAAAAGAGGAAAGUUCAAACAACGAUAAUAGCAGUAUUAGCAGCACUCCAAACAAUAAUAAUGUUGGCAAAAAUACUGGAUUUAGAUACCCUGCAUAUCUAAGCGAGGAAGAAGUGAAGGAAGGAUUGGAGAAUGGCUCUUUGAUUGAAGGUAUUUUGCGUGUUAACCAACGAAACACAGAACAAUGCUUUGUUGAUAAUCCAGAUGGUGAUGCACACAAUGAAUUGCUAAUACUAGGUCCGCAAGAUAGAAAUAGAGGUUUACAUGGAGAUUUGGUAGCAGUAAAAUUGAAAUCAAAAGAGUUUUGGUUUUUGCAUGAAGCUUAUCGGGCAAAAUAUAAAUUGAGUCCUCGUUUUCCUCAUGCCAAGUAUCACAGAAUCUCUGAUCUUGAUAAUUGCUGUUCUAUUGUCAAAGAAAAACAUUUAAUCAAAUCAGCACAUGUUGUAGCAAUAUUAGAAAAAAAUGCAAGUCGCCGAGUUGUUGGACACAUUAGGCCAAUGUAUUCUAGUACUGCUCAUUUUAUUUUUGUUCCAGUCGAUUCAAGAGUUCCAAGAAUUUUGAUUCCUAUCAAGUAAUUUUUUUUAAUUUAAAAAAUAUUUGGGAAUAGUCUCGGGUGGGGGUGACAUAUUUUCUAUGGGGAUCCAUAGAAGCGGGGAAUAAAACGGUUAGGGUCACCUUUAGAUUAUCUAUGGGGUUCUCUACAUUAUCUAUUGGGUUCAGAGUUGGGCGAAAAUUUUCGUCUCGUUUUCUUUGGAUUUUUCCUGGUUUCGAAGUUGAUUUUUUAUUUUUGUUUCGACUGCUCUAAUGAGUCG